AUGUUUGGAUACUUGAUUUUCCUUUCAUUUUUGGGUUCUGUUUUGUGCUGUUGUUUCCCAAAGCAAUGGGAAGGAUGGACUUACCAAACAUCUUCUCACACACUGAACAAUGGAUCUGUUAUUUAUGAAGAGGAAUCUAGCUCAUUAUCUGUUGAUUAUAACAAAGGUUUUGCAUAUUACAACCAGACUACAGAUACCAACAGUGGACAGACCAAACAGAUCAUCCUUCAAGACUUCAAUAAGAAUAAAGAGUAUGUUAUACAAAAUAAUAAAUGCACGACACUGAACUACACAACAUCUGUUGAAUUAGCCUGUAUACCAAUGGGAUCUAAGAUACUGUCAAGGUCAUAUGUUGGCGCUGGAAUGACAAAACUUAAUGCAACACUUUACAAGUAUAUGGAUAUAACAGGAACAAGGUUUUACUUUGAAGUUGUUGACGAUGGCUGUAUUCCUUUAAUGACAGAUACAGCAAGUCCAAACUGGCUCGGAGAGGGAAGUAAGAAAACAACAGUAACUUACAUGGGAAUCAGCAAAGGAAUCCAGAACCCUUCCGUAUUCAACGUACCAGCAAUUUGUAUGAAAUGAAAGACAAGAGUUGAUCCUGUAUAGGAUCGAAUUUUGGAAGAAAAAAGAUUAAUGUAAAACCUUACAAUUAAAAGACAGCAAAAUAUCA